AUGACCCCGGAGGAGGAUUCGGCCUUCAGAGCCGAGAGUCGAGCGGAUGAGGUCUACGCGAUACAUCUGACGUUCUUCCUUCUGUCAAUUAUCUCCGUGUUGGCGAGAUUAGCUGCGGCAAGGGUGUCGGGGAGGAGGUUUACGUGGGAUGAUUGGCUGGCUAUAGCAAGCCUGGUAUUCAUCGCUGGUGUGUUCACCGGGACGAUGCUUUGGCUACGGUUCGGUCUCGGCAGACACGAAGUCGUGGUCCAGGAGGAGGAUCCGAUGAACAUUGUCUACUUCUACCAAACAAUAUUCGCCAACGAGAUCUUGUAUCCGUUUGGACUGGCGACUGCGAGGCUAUCUCUCGUGGUGCUAUACCAUCGAAUAUUUGGGCUCUUUAACGCGCGAUACUACUUAUACGGCUUGAUGGCCUUCAUCAUGGCUUGGGCAAUCUACGCUACACUACCGCUGAUUCUGGCCUGCAAUCCCGUCUCGAACUUCUGGACAAACCACAAAAACUGUAUCGAUAUUUCGAAACUCUACAUCAGCAUAGCGGUCGGCAGUAUUAUCACCGAUUUCAUUCUUAUCAUUCUUCCGAUGCCUUAUGCGGCACAAUUGCGGAUGUCAUGGUACAAGAAGAUGCUUUUAUUGAUGUCCUUUGUGUUUGGCGGCUUCAAUUGUUUUAUAACCAUUAUCCGUCUAGUCAAAGUCACAACAUUCGACUUCAAAGAUCCGACUUGGGGGACAGUCGAUCUUAUGAUCUGGACCGGUCUGGAGGCAUACUGCUUCCAUCGAACUAGAGAACGUUCCGGGCAAAAGUCCGACAAGAAUGUCAAGGACUCUGACCCAAGUACGGAAGGGACUCUCACGGUGCAAAUGGCCGAGGCCCACGAACUUGAUGACCAGCUGAGAAAACCACGUCCCGCCCACCGCACACUGGAGGAGCAAUUUAAAGACUUUGACUUUGGCACAACGACUUUGAAUGAUCUACGAAGAUACGGCAGAGCUUCGGACUUUGAUGACUAG